AGGAGUUACAAAGAGACUUUCCCUAUCUCUCUCAUCUGUAACCACCAAAUCGCCGCCAUGUUGAGACAAGCUUCUCGCCUCCUCUCCCGAUCCGUCGCCGCCGGAACCUCUAAAUCGGCGACGGCUCGUGGCUUCUCAACGGAAGUUCCGUCGACGAUCGAUUCGACGUUCGUGGAGUCAUGGAAGAAAGUCGCGCCGAACAUGGACCCGCCACAGACUCCUUCUUCCUUCAUGAAGCCUCGUCCGUCGACUGCCUCUUCGAUUCCGACGAAGCUCACCGUCAAUUUCGUGCUCCCUUACGCAUCUGAGCUUUCCGGGAAAGAGGUCGACAUGGUCAUUAUUCCCGCGACAACAGGACAAAUGGGUGUUUUGCCUGGACACGUUCCAACAAUCGCUGAGCUGAAACCCGGUAUCAUGUCCGUUCACGAAGGCACUGACGUGAAUAAAUACUUCGUGAGCAGUGGAUUCGCGUUUCUCCACGCAAAUUCCGUGGCUGACAUAAUCGCGGUUGAGGCCGUGCCGCUUGAGAACAUUGACCCCAGCCAAGUGCAAAAGGGUUUAGCUGAGUUCACACAGAAACUUGCUGCUGCCUCAACGGAUCUUGAGAAAGCAGAAGCACAGAUUGGUGUUGAAGUUCACAGUGCCAUGAACGCAGCUCUCACAGGCUAAAGGGAAGGUUCUCACUCUCCCUUGCUAUUUCUUCCAAGGAAAAGAAAAACAAAAUCAUUUGUUUUUUUCAAAUGAUUAGUGAAAAUCCCUUUUUUACUACUACAAAGGAUUUGAAGUAAUAAGAAACUGAUUGUUUUUCUUGUUUUAAUUGUGUUUGGAGUUUGUUUGAAAUAAAUGAUUUUGUUGAAGACUGAAACCAACAUAAACUUUCUUGUGUUCAUAGUUUCUCCUUUGUUUAGUAAUGAGAAAUUACGUUCCCGACUGUGGUUAUGUUUUUCA